AUGGUCCCGAAUUUAGCCUUGACCCUAUCAAACCAUUUAGUGAACAAAGGUUUUUUGGACGGAGGGCCUGUCAGAUACACCUUAGAAACAAGGUUCAGAAAAUCGAUCCUAACUUCAGGUCGAUGUACAAGAGCGGGGUCAUUUGAGAGGGUGAGGGGAGAAAGCAGUUCCGCUACCGGAAAGAAUGGGGCCCCAAAAGCAAAACCAACCCCUCAACAGUAUAAUGAACUAAUACCUGUGUUUCAGCAAUCUUUUUGGAAGCUUCCUCCAUCAAAGGCGGGGAGCAAACCGUCGGUUGUUAAUCUCCGAGCAAGGGGCAUCUCAUCUAGCCUACCUGUGGAGGAAAGGAGGGGGUUAGCUCCUUAA